AUGGUUCGAGUCGAAGAUGACAGCCUGAAGAUCGCCACUAAGAAGGAUGCCGUGCUCCAGAAGGUAAUUUCCUACACACAAGGUUCCUGGCCAUCACGGUGCGAAGGUAUCGAAGAUGUAGAAGUUCGAUCUUUCUUCAGCCGUCGAGAUUCCUACUCCGUAAUUGACGACUGUAUCAUGAUGGCGGAUCGAAUUGUAGUUCCCAAAAGCCUGCAGAAAAGGAUCCUCAAGCAAGUUCACCAAGGACAUCCUGGCAUCGAACGGGCAAAAGCUAUCGCUAGUGGAAUCGUUUUCUGGCCGACAAUAGAUGAAGACAUCACCAACUACGUUCGUAGAUGCCCAAGCUGUGCAAAUGCUGCAAAAUCUCCACCACAUGCUCAACCACAACCAUGGCCCCGAGCUGAAGGACCCUGGCAACGACUCCACAUCGAUUUCGCUGGACCUGUGGAUGGAGAAUACUAUUUAGUUGUGGUGGAUUCUUUCUCAAAGUGGCUGGAAAUACCUCAAACUCGUUACCCGACUACUUCCACAAUGACCACAUUUCUUCGAGAAUGCUUCGCAAGAUUUGGAAUUCCUACAGUCAUUGUGUCGGACAAUGGAAGUGCUGAAUUCCGUGAUUUCUGCGAAGAAUUUGGGAUCGUCCAUUUCCGUACAGCUCCGUAUCAUCCACAAUCAAACGGGCAAGCGGAGAGGUUUGUGGACACCUUGAAGAGAUCGCUGAAGAAAAUUGUCGACGGACGAGAGUGGUCAACCCUUACUGCGCUUCAAACGUUCCUGUACGUCUACAGAUCCACUCCAUCAGCGGUUCUGAGUGGACAAUCUCCAGCCGAUGUAAUGCUUGGACGCAAGAUGAGGACAACUUUGGACCUGUUACGACCGUCACCCAAACCAGAAUUUCACCCACAACAUCAACCAGUAAAGCGAAGUUUCCUAGCUGGUGCUCUAGUUUAUGCCAAAGUCUACUCUGCAAACGAGAAGUGGAAGUGGAUGCCCGGUGUUGUGCUCGAAGCUAUUGGCAACGUCAACUACAACAUAUUAUUGGACUGCCAAGUUGGUCGACGCAAAGUGCUACGUUCGCAAAUUGAUCAACUCCGAACGGGCAUGGAAGAAGUUGCUCCUGCACCAGCACCAUUAUCCAUCUUGAUUGACGACUUUGGACUUACUCCAGUUGAACCAACACCUCAGCUGGACAGAACCCAAUCUUCGAUCCAGAACGAUCAACCAACACCUAAUGAAGUCCUGAACUUGGAUCAACCAACAUCCGAUGAGGAGCACGUUGAGUCAGCCGAGGUUCUUAAUCUUCAAGAUACGUUGUCGAGUGAAGGAGAUGAAACUCUACUGUCAAUGGAUGUUCCCCAGCCGAUUCAGACAUCGACACCUUUGCAACGUCCCGUGCGAUCAACCCGGCCAUCAAUCAAGUUUCAAGAUUACCACUGCUACCAAAUUAGAGGGGGAGAUGCUACCUUGGCUACCAUGACUGUUGAUAGAUCACAGUAG